UGGCUCGAGCCCCCCCGGGGGCGCGCCGCCGGGGAAACCCUCGGGGGGCCGCGCGCGGAGCGGCGCGGCGCGUCGCCGCUGCCCCGGGCGCCCCGUCGGCGCGGAGGAGGGCUCCGCUUCUGCACCCGCGGCCGCGGCGGAGGCGGUUCCUGCGGCACACCUGCGCAUGGCCGAGUCGAAUGAACCGCGCACCUGCGAUGAGGGCGGGGGUGGCCAGGCGUUGCCAUCCUGGCACGAGUUCGAGGACAAAAAGUUCAAGGUUGUCCUCUAUGGCAUCGGGCUCUGUUACUCCUUCCUCGGCGUCAGCAUCGUCGCCGACAUGUUCAUGAGUGCAAUCGAGCGCAUCACGAGCAGGAAAAGGGUGAUCCAGUUGUCGAACGGGCGUACCAUCACCUCAAAGGUGUGGAAUGACAGCGUCGCGAACCUUACGUUAAUGGCGCUGGGCUCGUCCGCCCCAGAGAUCUUGCUCUCUCUGAACGACGUGUUCAAGAACGAGUACUUCGAGAGUGCGUUGGGCCCCUCGACUAUUGUUGGGUCGGCGGCUUUCAACCUGUUCGUUAUCAUCGCAGUCUGCAUCAAUUCGGUCCCGGACGGGGAGACGCGCAGGAUCAAGGAGAUGGGCGUGUUUGUCAUCACUGCCAUCUUCUCCCUGUUAGCCUACAUCUGGCUUCUGUUCAUCGUGCAGAUAAAUAGCAAAGACAUCAUUUCAGUAGAAGAGGGCGUGAUCACGUUCUUGUACUUCCCGUGCCUAGUCAUCAUUUCCUACGCCGCCGAUGUCGGUUGGUUGAGCCGUGUCCCCGGGCUGAAGAAGUUGCUCGCGAAGCAUGAGGACGACGAAGACAUUGAGGUGCCACUAGCCGCUGGUUCCGAAGGCGGUUCGAAUCCUGUGAGUUGCUUGUUUCGCUGCAUGUGUUCGCCGUUCCUCUGCAUAUGUCGCUGCUGCAAGCGGAUGGUCAAAGGCAAAUCCAACGCCGAUGAUCACGAAGCUGUAACUACGUCCGACGCAAUAGACCAUGCGCGACCCAUAGUGGAUCUUGAGGGGAACCCUCUCAAGAACGAAUGCGGAAUCGUUUCAUUCGCUGCGGACCGCCUGCAGGUCUUGGGGGAGGACGAGGAGAAGGAGGUCACCAUCCCGAUCUACCGUAAGAACGGAACCUCGGGACGAGUUUCCGUGCAGUGGUGCAUCGAGAGGUUGUCCGCCACUCCAGGCUACGACUACGUCGACGCCAGCGGGGAGCUCCACUUUCGCGACGGCGUCGAGGAAAGCGAGAUCACGAUAACCAUUCUGCCAAAACAGGUCGGCGAGAAGGCCGACAGGUUCCAGGUGCUGCUGCAGGAGGCCACAGGCGGCUUGACGUUCAACCCUUUUAGCGACGGCGGGAGGGAGAUGAACAUCCUCACGGUCACCAUCAAUAACGGUGCGAAGGGGUCGGUGAAGACGAGGCAGCGGGUGUACGGAGUUCUCGACCACGUGGUCAAUUUGGACGAAGUGUACCUAGGCACCAACCAGUGGUACGAGCAGAUCACGGCGGCCCUUUACGUCAACGGCAGUCGCGAGGAGCAGGAGAACUCCAAUUUCUUCGACUGGGUGGUGCACCUCAUAAACUUCCCCUGGAAGUUCCCCUUUGCCCUGACGACGCCCCCGCCGACCUACCUCGGAGGCUGGGUGUGCUUCUUCUUCUCCCUGGGGCACAUCGCUUGGAUCACACUGAUCAUCGGAGACCUCGCGGAGCUCUUCGGCUGCAACGCCGACAUCUCCGACAACAUCACGGCGGUGACCUUCGUGGCGCUGGGCACCUCAGUGCCCGACCUCCUCGCGUCGCGCAUCGCCGCCAAGGCGGAGCCGCACGCGGACGCCUCGAUUGUCAAUGUGACGGGGAGCAAUUCGGUCAAUGUUUUCCUGGCAUCGGGUUGCCGUGGAUGGUGGCGGCUUUCUAUUGGACGCUAAAUGGCCCCAACCAGAAGUGGAUCGACAGGUACCCAGAGCACUACGCGAACGGCGUGCGUGCCUUCAUCGUUACCUCGGGCGACCUAGCGUUCAGCGUCACCGUGUUCGCCCUGUGCGCGAUAGUGUGCUUGACUGUCAUCCUGGUCCGGCGCUACAAGUUCGGGGGGGAGCUCGGAGGUCAUCCCGAGAUGAAGGCGUACUCGUCCUUCAUGCUGAUACUCUUGUGGGCAUUCUACAUUGCCCUCACCAUCUGGAAGACCAAUGCGGGCGAGGUGGGGAUCUGGCAGCAGUCCGUCGCGCUGGGCCUCGCGGCGCCGGUGUUUGGCGUCAUCAUGUUCCUCUUCGCGGCCUGCCCAAGAGCCUUUCCUGCUCCGCCCCGUCCUUCUUGUUCCUUCACCCCUUCCUCAUCCUCCGUCGCAUCCUCAUUCUCCCAAGGCCUGUCGAAAAGCUCUGCUGAUAUCCAAGAACUACAUCGGUGAGGAGGGAUUCUGGGGCAUCUUCGUGGCAACCGGCAUCAUCGGUGGCCGACUGCUCAUCUAUGGCGUCUUCCAGUACACGCCCUCGUGAGCUCGGACGAGUGCGAGGGAAAAAGAGUGCUGACAUCCGACAACAGCGCGUGUUGGCUGAGGCGUUCUUCUCAGCACGGCGCUGAUCUCAUUUGUUGUUUCACUUUGUUGUGAAUCGCUUCGCAUGCGACGUCGGCACGCCUCAGCGCCUUGCCCAUUCGCGCAGAGUGCUGCAGUGUUCCUUACUUUCUUACGUUGUCCUCCUCCUCCUCCUCCU